UUAUUGAACUUGCCCCAACACAUUCUUGUCAAGAUUCUAUCUUGUUUCAAUUAUGCCGAAACCGCAGAACUUCGCGAGGUCUGCCAAGCAUUUAAUCAGCUUUGUAAGAUGCGACUGACAGAUGGUUUUAAAAGAGUAGAUCAGUGUCAUAGAUCAAUACAUAAAAAAGUCAAAAGUCAACUACCAAGACGUGAAUCUGAAAGACAUCUUCAUCCCCUGGCUAGACAUGUUAAUAUUUUAUCAGCUGUAGAAACUAGACUGUCUUUGCUAUCAAUGACUUUUACAAAAUACAUAGAUUCUGACCUCUGUUGUUUUAUUCCUGGAAAGGUGCUAGAUGAAUUAUUCAAUAUCUUACGAAGUCUUCAAUUUGUUAAUAUCAAACCACCCAGGGCUCAUGAAUUCCUUCAAGAGCUCAGAGAUAUUUCAUCUAUGGCUAUGGAACAUUUUGAUGAAGCAAUUGUUCCUAUAUUGAAACAACAGAUACCAUGUCCCUCUUCCAAACUGAAUUAUAACUUUGUCUUUUCAGGUCCUAUGACAAGCCCAGCUAAUCCAAAACCACUGCCAAGUCCAAAACAAGACAUGCAUUCUCUCAACCGACAUCUACAGACCCAGAAAACUGUGAUAAAAGCAUUGAAAAAGGGAUUGAGUGAAACCAAAACAAAAUUUACAGAACAGCGCAAAAUAAUUGGUGAGCAGGAUAGAAAAAUAGCUGAAUUAUCAUCUAAAAUAGAAAGACAGGACACUAAAUUGGCUGACAUGUCUCAAAAGAUG